AUGCUCUCACGUGUUGCUGCAGUCAUGGCACCCCGCACACACAACCGUCGCCGCGUGACCGGAUCCAGCGGGAGGAGGAGGGAAGGAGGAGAGAGUGAGCCGCAGAGGCCCAACAUGUCCCGGCAUCUCUUCUACUCUGCGGUGCUCCUCCUCGUCGUGAUGGUGUGCUGCGGCAGUGGAGCUGCACAAGUUGUUGUGGAGGAGCCGUCAUCUGGUCCUCAGUUUGAAUGGAGGGGCAUCAAUGAGAAUGAAGGUGAAACUGUGGACUCGUUGGGUGCUCCCAGCCUUCUAAAAGUGGGGAGUGACGUGUUUGCCGUUGCCGAGGCGCAGUGCAAGAACGGUGGUGUCGGUUUUACUGGCGUUGCAUCCCAACUUCUCACGAAAGAAACUGCUGACACACCGGAGGAAGUACUGAAAGAAUCAAAAGAUGGGACACAAGUGCUGGAGAAAGGUGCUUCCGAAGACCAAAAGAAGAAAGUGGAUGUGAGCCGACCAACAACAGUUUUGAAGGGGAAUGAUAUUUACAUGCUUGUUGGAGCCUACAAUAAAGUUGCCGUUCCUGGAGAGGAUGCCAAGCCUGACGCGGCUCAAUUGGGACUUUUGCUGUUGAAAGGGAGCGUCAGUAGCGUGGAUACAAGUAGCAAAAAAAUUGACUGGAAAGUUACUGAAAGUUCCUUGCAAGGACUUUUUGGUGCACAGCUCGAUUCCUGGACAAGGCUGAUUGGAAGCGGUGGAUCGGGUGUUAAGAUGCAUGAUGAGACUCUUGUAUUUCCUGUGGAAGGCACGAAGAAGGCGGCGGAGGGCACUCUAGUGAAUGUGAAGACUGUCUCACUGAUCAUACAGUCGAAGGAUACUACGAAUUGGACGCUGUCGAAGGGGAUGUCUGACGGUGGCUGCAGCGAUCCCUCCGUCGUGGAGUGGGAGGAGGGAAAACUCAUGAUGAUGACUGCGUGUGGUGAUGGCCCUCGCAGGGUGUACGAGAUCGGUGACAAGGGGGAGUCGUGGACGGAGGCCCUCGGGACACUCUCGCGCGUGUGGGGCAACAAAAAGGGCGUAAGUGGCGUUAGAAGCGGGUUCAUCACAGCGACGAUUGACGGUGUUGAUGAUAAAAAAGUGAUGCUCGUCACUCUGCCGGUGUAUGCCGAGGAAGGCAACGAAAAGGGCAAACUCCAUCUUUGGCUGACGGACAAUACGCACAUUGUUGAUAUUGGGCAGGUAUCCGGUGAAGGUGAGGAUGCUGCCGCCAGCUCCCUGUUGUACAACAGUGGUAAAAACAGUGGUGAUAAUGAUGAGAAGUUGAUUGCACUGUACGAGAAGAAGAAGGGCAGUGAGCAACCAUCACCCGGUAUGGUCUCUGUGCUUCUGACUGAGAAGCUGCAGCGUGUGAAGGAUGUGCUGACGACCUGGAAGGAGGUGGACGGCCGUGUCUCCCAGCUGUGCACCUCAUUAAUUGCUGAGAAGGAUCCCUCAACUGACGAUGUCUGCAACGCUGUAAAGAUCACGGCUGGGCUGGUUGGCUUUUUGUCGGGCAAUUUUUCCGGUGACACAUGGAGGGACGAGUACCUCGGCGUGAACGCCGCAGUAAAUAAUAAUAAAGAAGGGGCAGCAGCGGCAACAGUGGCCGGCACGGAUAAGGGUGUGAAGUUCACUGGGCGUGGCGCAGGGGCGGAGUGGCCUGUUGGCAAGCAGGGGGAGAAUCAGCUGUACCACUUUGCGAACUACAACUUCACUCUUGUGGCGACGGUGUCCAUCGACAAAAUGCCGGAGGGAGACACCCCCAUUCCGUUGGUGGGUGUGAAGAUGAAUGGCGAUGGAAAUAAUGUACUUCUGGAGUUGUCAUACGACAGCGGAAAGAAGUGGCAUGUGCUGUGCGGUGACAAAACGACGACGAAGCUCAGCAGCACGUGGGAGGCAGGGACACCUCAACACGUGGUGGUUUUGUUGAAGAACGGCACCCAGGGCUCCGUUUACGUCGAUGGUCAGCGUGUGGGGAAUGGAGAAUGUGCAUUGGGCAAUGGUGAGUCGAACGAGAUCUCCCACUUCUACAUUGGAGGGGAUGGAGAAAACGCAGCCAACAAAGAGGGCGUGUCUGUGACUGUGACGAACGUCCUGCUGUACAACCGCCCGUGGGAUGAAGCGGAGAUGGCCGCCUUCAGCCCGAAUAAAGCUCCUACUCCAUCUGCAGUGAAUGAGGCUUCUAUUGAAGGAGGCGCGAUUGAGACUGCUCCUGGUGGUGGACGACCGGAGGAACCGAGAGAGUCGAUGGAGAGCAGUGGUGUGAACGGUGUAUCCGCACCAACAGUGUCCAGUGCCAAGACUUCCUCAGGAGAAGAGGGGCCUGCAACCCAGUUGGCGUCAGAAAAGUCUUCCGAUGGACGUAAAAAUGUGGAUGGCGGUUCUUUUUCUGAUGGCGAGCCAACGGUGGAGACAAGAGAAGGAGGAACGGAUAGGCAGAAGGGGAUCCACGCACAGAACGGGGACGUAAAGGCUGCGGCACUCAACAGCAGUCUCGGGAAUGUGUCGCAGGGGAAUAACACCGAUGCCGGCACUGUACGUGGGAGCGGACUGCUGCCACUUCUUUUUCUAUUGGGACUGUGGGGUUUUGCGUCUCUGUGA